AGUGAAGUAACCUGACAGGUGUGGGCCUCAUCAGAACAACAGACACCGCUCUUAGAAACUGUAAUCUGAAGGGAAAAAACGAAUAACACUCCGGUACAAUUGAGAGUACCUCCACCAAUAACAACACGUUGUAUAGCAACCUCAUGUUCCUAUAUGUUCAGAAUAAUGCGAAAAAGUUGUUUUUUCUGCUCCACUGAAAAAUCAAAAAAAAUAAAAUGGCUUCCAAUCAGCAACAGGUGGAAGGAGAAACUGAAGAAACUUGUUGAGUCAGAUGAAAGUAAAAUAUCCAGAAUCAGCAGCAUUAUUUAUGUGAAUGAUGCAGAAUUCAGAAUAGCGAAUGGAAGUGAUGGCACUGAAGUCUUCUUGGGGCUGAGAAAGGACGGCACAGAAGUUGCCAUUAAGAGAAUGUCUAAAAGCAACUAUGAAGUGCUGAAGAACGAAGAAGGAAUCCUACGACUUCCUGAACUCGAUCAUCAUUAUUUCGUACGAUAUGUUGAUGCUGCAGAGGACGAGAACUUUGGAUAUCUUUGUCUGCAACUUUGUGAAUACACCUUGGAAGAAUAUAUCAAGAAUGAACGUGACCCACUGAAGUUAAAGAAACUUGUCAAACAAAUUCUUGAAAGUUUAAAGGUGCUUCACUGUAGAAAUCCUCAAAUUCUUCACCGAGAUCUUAAACCGCAGAAUAUUUUGAUAGAUGUUACUUGCAGGGCAAGAUUAGCUGAUUUUGGCAUGAGCAGACGCUUACUCAAAGACCAAACAACUUUACGUACACGCAGUGCAGGAACCAGAUGCUGGAUGGCCCGAGAGACUUUAGCAGAAGAAGCAGAAGAAUCUGUGAUAUCAUACAAGUCAAGCACUGACAUACAGGAUGCAGGCAUGCUGAUCUAUUAUAUCCUCUCUGGAGGCCACCAUCCAUUUGGCGACAUAUCCUGUAAAUGUGAGUCUAACAUUGAUGAUGGGAACUACAGUUUGGAUCACGUUCAAGAUAUGGUGGCAAAGGAUCUCAUCGAGUGGAUGAUCAACAAAGAGCCAAAGGACAGACCCAAAGUAGACGAAUGCUUAAAACAUCCCUUCUUCUGGACUUCUGAAAAGCAAUUAGAAUAUUUGAAAAAGAUCGGUAACAAGAAGGAGGUGGUAAACUGUCGAAAGGCUGAUGAAAAGCUGAUUGGUUCACUAGAAGCAUGUGCUAAUGGAUCCUUCAAACUGUGGAAAAAUAAGGUGACUUACAGAUGA